GCAUCGCUGUUGUCAUAGCGCAACGACUCGGGGUUUAGACGCGUGCGCAGUGUGCUGGAGUGGUGUAGCGGGGGGUUUGGGGGGCAGUCGUCAUGAAGGCCUUCUGCGGAGGAGCCAACCCGAAUACCGGAGCUCCGGACCGGCUGGAGGACACCGAGGAGUACGACUACCACCAGGAGAUCGCCAGGUCCUGCUUUGCGGACAUGCUCCACGACAGCGACCGGAACCAGAAGUACUACCGGGGCAUCCGGGCCGCCGUGGCGCGGGUCCAGGCCCGCGGGGAGAGGGUGGUGGUGCUGGACAUCGGCACGGGGACGGGCCUCCUGUCCAUGAUGGCCGCCACGGCCGGAGCCCACCUGUGCUACGCCGUGGAGGUGUUCCAGCCCAUGGCCGAGGCGGCGCGGCGCAUCGUGGAGAAGAACGGCUUCUCUGAGAAGAUCAAGAUCAUCAACAAGCACUCCACCGAGGUCACCGUGGGAACAGACGGAGAGAUGCAGACGAAGGCCAACGUUCUGAUCACUGAGCUGUUCGACACGGAGCUGAUAGGAGAGGGAGCGCUGCCCAGCUACGAGCACGCCCACCGACACCUGGUCCAGGAGGCGUGUGAGGCGGUGCCUCACCGGGCCACCGUCUACGCCCAGCUGGUGGAGUCGGAGCUGCUGUCGGGGUGGGCUCGGCUGCGGCCGGUGGAGGAGGCGGGGCUCCGGCUGGCCCCGCCCCCUUCCGUGGGGCUCUGCGCCGGAGCUCACUCUGUGUGCGACGUCCAGCUGAGCCAGGUGCCUCCUGGGAGCUUCAGGCCGCUCGGCCCGCUCUGCACCAUGUUCAGCGUGGACUUCAGUAAACCAGUGAGCAGCGCAUCCCAGUCCCACAGCUCCCAGUUCGUGGCUCUGUCCGGCGGCCGGGCCCAGGUGGUCUUGUCGUGGUGGGACCUGGACAUGGACCCCAGUGGCAGCGUGGUGUGCUCCAUGGCGCCCAGCUGGACCUACUCCCAGCCAGAGGGGGCGCCGUGGCGUGACCACUGGAUGCAGAGCGUGUACUUCCUGCCGUCGGAGAGCAGCGUGGCCGAAGGGGAGGAGCUUCGUCUCACCGUCUGCCACGACGACUACAGCCUGUGGUUCGGCCUGCGGUCGCCGAGCCAGCAGGACUCGCAGCCAGAGGCUCCGCCCCCUCGGCCCUGCUGCACCUGCCAGGCCCACCUGGUGUGGACGCGGCCGCGUUUCGGGGAGCUCAACGACGGGCGGCGCACGGAGCGCUACAUCCGCGCGCUGCGCAGCGUCCUGACGGCGGACAGCGUCUGUCUGGCGGUCGGCGAUGGCGGUCUGCUGCCCGUGUUCGCCCACAUGAUCGGAGCCCAGAAGGUCUUCAGCCUGGAGAGCUCCAGAAUGUGUAGACAGGUUAUUAAGGAGGUGUUGGAGGUCAACUCCAUGGAAGGAGCCGUGGAGCUGCUGGACAUCCGGCCGGAGCAGCUGACCAGUGGAGACCUGGGGGGGGAUCAGAUCUCCGUCCUGCUGGGCGAGCCGUUCUUCAGCGGCGGCCUGCUGCCCUGGCACGGCCUCUUCUUCUGGUACUGUCGGACCGCGCUGGCCGGCCUCCUGCGGCCCGGCGCCGCCAUCCUACCGCGCGGCGCCACGCUGCACAUGGUGGCGGUGGAGUUCAAGGACUUGUGGAGGAUCCGAGCGCCGUGCGCGGCGUGCGAAGGCUUCGACGUCUCCGCCAUGGACCAGAUGGUGCAGAAGUCUCUGGAUUUCCGUGAGUCCCGCGAGGCGGAGCCCCACCCCCUGUGGGAGUACCCGUGUCGCGCUCUGACCCGGCCCGCGGGGGUCAUGACCUUCGACUUCACGCAGCACGUCCCUCAGCAGCCAAUCAGCAGCCGGGGCUCGCUGCCGCUCACGAGGACGGGCCGUUGCCAUGGCGUCGCCUUAUGGAUGGAGUACCACCUGACCGAUGACAUCACCGUCAGCGCCGGUCUGAUUGGACCCGUCAGCGAGCAGGGCGCGUGCGAGUGGAGUCGCCACAGGAAGCAGGGCGUGUACUUCCUGCGGUCGCCGUGGGAGACCUCGGCCAGCGGCGCCGCCGUGUCCUACAGCUUCACCUUUGAACCCGAUACGGGGGACGUCAAGAUGGACUUCGGCGUGGCGCCGCAGUGACAUCACGGCGUCAUCGCUCCGACCCGAGCGGCAGCAUCCGGUUCUCCACGUCACGUGGUGUUACUCAAAUGUUUUAUAAUGUUGGCCACCAGGGGGCGCCACCGAGAGAAUAAAUGAAGGCGUUGCCUUGGAUCAGAA